ACUAGCCAAUCAGAGGCAGAGUAGGGCGGGUCAUGACUUUGCCAUCCUAGGAAAAAAAGGCCUGUCGGAAGAUCCCUAGGGAUUUAGCAAAGCUCUGUCACGAGAAAUAGCUGGGAGGAAAGUUCACCCACCGGACGUCGAGUGCAGCACUAGUUAGAGCUCACAUUAAUGAUGAGUGGUGCCAUGAAUUUUAAAAACUGCGGCUCGGUGCUAGUAACGGGAGCGAGCCGGGGUCUCGGUCUGCAGAUAGUCGACACCCUGGCGACUGGAGGAGUGUCACCCGGUAAGAUUAUAGCCACGACCAGAAACCCCGCCAGCGCGCAGAAACUUCAGGAACUGGCAGAGAAAUAUCCCAAUAUCCACAUAAUCACUAUGGAUGUAGUGAGCCAGGAGAGCAUAGAGAAGUCUGCAGAAGAGGUGCAGCAGCUGGUACAAGAAGAGGGUCUGAACUGCCUGAUAAACAAUGCAGGGAUCAAUGUGGUGGCUGACUUUCAUACUGUUACUGCCGAGAAGAUGAUUGAGAACUUCCACACUAAUGCUGUGGCUCCUCUGAUGAUCACCAAGGCCUUCCUGCCUCUGUUGAAGCGAGCUGCAUCCAGAGGAGGAGCAGGUGGUGCAGGAAGCAUGGGUAUCCAGAGAGCAGCCGUCAUUAACAUGACCUCUCUGCUGGGCUCUGUGGAACUCAACUGGGGGGAGAGGGCCAACAACUUCAAAUGGUACCCCUACAGGACGUCCAAGAGUGCCCUAAACAUGGUGAGUCGCUGUAUGGCUGUAGACCUGGAGCCUGAUGGGAUUCUCUGUAUGGCUAUACAUCCUGGCUGGGUCCGCACUGACAUGGGGGGGUCGGAGGCUCCACUGAGUUCAGAGGAGAGCGUUUCAUCCAUCUUGUCUGUGAUUGGUGGACUGACUGAGAAGGAUCAUGGGUCAUUUCUGAACUUUACGGGAGAGCCAUUACCUUGGUGACCCUGAUCACCACAGUAAUGAGUAGAAUGAUUAUGAGCUCUAUUGACUGACCUUAAUGAUGAUUUAGUCAGUUAUGAUUAACUUCAGCUAUGCAAAGAUGAGUGCAUCAAUGACUCAGACCAAUGGGUAAAAUUAAGAUGAUGUUGAAGUUUUCAUAAGUAGAUGGGUGGGGUUUGGUGUGCAGCUUGUUUUUUUUAUAUUCCAUACUGUACAUACGGUAUACUGUAUCUGAGCUGUGUUCAAAUGCAAAUAUAAAAUGUUAUAUUUCAUUGAUCUGAUAGCACACCAAAGUCACCAUACCAGCCAAAUAGACAAGACUGGGUUAAAAGGUCUUAACAGGAAACCCUCUCUGUGUAUCUCUUACCAUCUCCAAGCGGAGGUGUCAUGGCCACAUAUUUGCCACACUGAGUAUCACCCUAAAACAACAGUUUUAUAAUCCAGUGUUGAUACAUAUAGAUUUUUUUCCUCUGGUCCAACUUUGUGUAUGUGGUCCUGUGCUGCAUCCAUCUCAAACACUAGAAAGUUACUUUUAAAUUGCAAACUGUUAAAGAUGUAUGGUUAAAGUCUCUAGAAUAUUGAAAUUUACUAAAGUGGUCUGUUUGCUCUCUUUUACCUUACCUGUCAGUCAGUAGAGUAUCAUAUGUACAGUAUAUCAAGUUUGUGUGAGGAUGUACAAAAGUUAAGUGACUCAUCUGCAGUGAGCUCUUCCUACAGUUUACACCACAAACUAAGAAUAUAAUGUUUUACUGUACUAAACUCCACUAAUUUACCAUGUUUGCACUAACUUACACUGCUGUUGCUGGAAAAUAUAUAAGCUAAGUUUAAGGACAGUUAAUUUAGAAAUGUUUUACAUAUUUUUGAGAUUAUUACUGUUUAUAGUGUUUGAUUUUAGCAUAUUGUUAUAAAACCAUAAUAAAAGUUUGACUGUCUAUAA